CUAUUUUCAACACAGGCACAGCAUAAGAGAAGAAGAAGAAGAAGACGAGAUAAUCCGAGCAGAAAACGGAGUUAUUCGCAUGCCUUUUAUCUCUCUAAAUACAAAAAGGAUCUCUCGCUCUAUAGAUCGGAUGGAUGCUCUUGUACAAGGAUAUGAAUUUUCUGGAUCAAUUAAUGGUUUGAAGUUCGACCAUACGUUGAUUCCAAUAUUUUCAGAUCGAACUAUUGCAAAUGGAUUGGAAGUAGGUGAUCUACGUGUAGAUGAUGAUUGCGAGAUUCUUCUUCCUCAAAAUGAACUGAAUACUAAUUAUCAUCAGAAUUAUAUUGAUGAUAAUGAUAAUGAUAAUCCUGAUGAUUUGUCUCCCUCAUUUGGGGCCACUAAUUUGCACGAGGAAGGUGAUUUCUCUGAUGCAACCCUAAAAUACAUAAGUCAGAUGCUUAUGGAGGAGGAGGAUUUGGAGUACAAAACUGGUAUGUUUCAGGAUUGUUCGGCUCUUGAAGCUGCUGAGAAAUCGUUUUAUGAUCUUAUUGGAGAGAGAUAUCCUCCUACUCCUUUAGAGAACGAAAGUGUUAUCUCUGUCCUUUCUCCAAACUCAAGCAGUCCUGAUGAUGACUUUGUUAAGACUAUUGGAAGUUUUCCAGAAUCUGGUCAUGUGUGUUCCAUGGUUCAGGAGUUUUGCUCACUUAAUAGUGGCUUGUUUGAUGUUGUGGAUGGGUCAAUUGACUCCCAAAUCCUCCCACAGUUUGGGAAAGAAGAUUCAAAUGAAGUUCUUAACUGUGUUUGUGGAACAGACAAGGUUGAAAGUUGUCAACCAUCAAAUGGAUUUAGAUUGAAGAAGAAUCAUUUUCGGGAGGAUAAUGAUUGCCUUGAAGCGAACCGUAGCAGCAAGCAGAUAGCGAGUUCGAUUGAUGAUUCUGAUGUGCAAUCAAAUAUGUAUGACCAGGUCUUACUCUGUCACGGUUUUCAUCCAAACAUGCAGCCGGACUCAAACUGUGUUUCAGACGAUGACUCCCCCAAGCAGAAUAGCCUUUCGAAAGGAACAAGGCCAGGCAGGCCAAAAGGUAGUAAUAAGAAACAAGGUAAAAAGGAAGUGGUUGAUUUAAGAACUCUCCUUACACAAUGCUCCCAUAACGUUGCUAGCAGUGACACUCGAGCUACAACCGACCUGUUGAAACGAAUUAGGAAACACUCUUCUCCACAUGGAGAUGGUAUCGAGAGGAUGGCUUAUUUCUUCGCUAACGCCAUUGAAUUAAGGUUAGCCGGUACUGGAACGUACACUUCUCUAGCUACUACAAGAAUCUCGGCUGCCCAAAUCUUGAAAGGAUAUAAAGCAUAUGUGACUGCUUGUCCUUUCAAGAAACUGACAAACUUCUAUGCAAACCGGUCCAUUGCGAGAUUAGCGAAGAACACUGAUAGGCUCCAUAUAAUUGACUUCGGGAUAUUAUACGGUUUUCAAUGGCCCUGUCUGAUUCAACGGCUCUCUGCCAGAGCUGGCGGGCCUCCUAAGCUUAAGAUAACGGGAAUUGAGCCUCCCCAGCCGGGUUUGAGGCCAUCCGAACGUGUCGAGGAGACUGGAAAACGGUUAAGAAACUACUGCGAGAGAUUCAACGUUCCGUUCGAGUACCAUACAGUGACCAAGAAGUGGGAAACAAUAACUUUAGAGGAUCUCAAAAUCGAGAAAGAAGAGCUGCUCGUGGUGAACUGCCUCUACAGGUUAAGAAACGUGAACGACGAGACCGUGGUCCCAAGUAGUCCGAGGAACGUGGUGCUGAAACUGAUCAGGAGUAUAAACCCGGACCUGUUUGUUCACGGGGUUGUUAACGGGACAUUCAACGCCCCUUUUUUCGUGACGCGUUUUCGUGAGGCGCUUUUCCACUUCUCGUCGCUUUUCGAUAUGUUCGACGCGACUUUGCCGAGGGAAGACGAGGCUAGGAUGCUAUUCGAGCAGGAGGUUUUUGGGAAGGAUAUAAUGAAUAUAAUAGCCUGUGAAGGAACGGAAAGAGUGGAGAGGCCGGAAACUUACAAGCAAUGGCAAGUGAGGAACCAGAGAGCUGGGCUUGUGCAACUGCCGUUGCAGAAGGAGAUAGUGAAGGAUGUUAUGAAUAAGGUGACGAAUGGGUAUCAUAGGGAUUUCGUUGUGGAUGUUGAUGGCAAUUGGAUGCUACAAGGAUGGAAAGGGAGAAUUAUUUAUGCCAUUUCCUGUUGGAAACCCGCAAAGGUUAUUAGUUUGUGAAAUCUAAAAUAAUUAUCGAGGGACAAAAGUCUCGAAAAGGUCCGUCGUCCUUCGGUAUUACUCCUAUUUAUGGGUUGUCGUGAUAGUUUCCCCCAAGGAUUUAGUCGGAGUUGUGCGAAUGGCUAGCAUCCGAACUAGCUCGGUUGCCUGGUUCUAUUGUUAGCACGAAAAUUUAUUGAUUGCUUGCUUAUCUUUAUUUUGGCUAAUAGGUUUUGGUUUUGGUUUUGCUGGUCAUAUAGUUUUAUUUGGUUAAAUGUUGGAAUUUCUAUGAAUUAGUUAUAUAAACAAUAAUAUUCUAGUACAAAGUGUUGAGUCCAU